AUGGCGUUUCCUAUAGAUUCAAUCCAAUUAGUAUCGCAUUUGAGAUUACUGUUUGCUGCCACAAAUGAUAGUGUAGCUACACGACGAAUGAUAAAACCAUUUGUAAUUCCUGGGAUUGAUAAUACCCAGAAUGAAAUGAUUCGUAAUUCAUUAAAGCCCGAAUCUCCUCCUAUAACCUUUGAUAUUGCUAGACAUAUCAAUAAAAGUUAUAACGAAAGAAUUGCCUUGAAUUCAAAGUCAACGCGUACCGCCAGAAAGAAGAACCGAACAGGGGGGAAUGGAGGGCAUCAAAGAAGAAAGAGCAAGAAAAGUAUAAAAAUUGAAGAAGAAGAGGAAGAAGAGGAAGAAGAAGAAGAAAAGGAAAAAGAAGAUGUAGACCAUGCCAAACCCGAUACUGCUCCAAAGUCUCCAAAACCUUCUACAGAUCCUGAAAAGGUUGAAAGUCCUAACACUCCCAAUAAACCCAUUACAACAAGUACAACCAAGAAACGAGCAAGUGGUAUUGUACGAUUACUUCGAAGGAAGCCAGCUGAACCUACUGAUGGGAAUCUUGAAUUAAUUGAGGAAGAGAACACAAAUGAUCAUGUCAUUGAUGAUGUCGACGAGGCACAUGAAGGUCGUAGCGUAUCGAAGGCGAAUGACUAUGAGGACGAUCAUGUAUCUAUAGAUAGUGACUUUGGAGUUCCAGUAAAUUCCAAAGGACAAGUAGUCCGCAACUUUAGUUUCCCUGAAGAAAAAAGGAUAACUUCACGUAGUGAAUCGAAUGUUGGUGACACCACGGUUGACACGGGUAUAAAUGAUGAACAAGAGGAAGAUGAAUUUGAAGAUGACGAUGACUUUUAUUAUGUAGAGGAUGAACGAGAGUAUUCUGCAGAAAUAUAUGAUGAUUCGGAAGCGGAUGGAGUUCAUGAUGAUGAAGCCGGACUUGAAGAUGAGCUUGCAGUCGAUGAUGAAGAUGAUGAUGACGACGAAGAAGAAGAUGACGACGAGGAUGAAGAAGAUGAUGACGACGAUGAUGAUAUCAUAGAUGCUUCUUCUACAGAUUCUGCAUUCACUGAUAUUGAAGCCGACUCCAUGUUAGAUGAUACAUCAGUUCUUUUGGAUUCCUUCAACGAGCCUGGAUACUCUUUUGAAAACCAAACUGCAAACAUUGGAAGUUUCCGUAUCGAUUCAGGAAAGUUAAAAAAGAAAAAGGCGUCAUUUGGUACACAAUCCCUCUCUUCAAGAAUCAUUCUGGAUAAUUUGAAGUCUGUCCCUUCACAAACAAUUCUUUCAUCCACCUUUAGUGUUGCACCUAAGGAUAAUGAAGAACCAAGAACCCCAGUGAGACGGAAGAUUGGGAAUAAUAAUGGCGCAUUAAAUUUUGACAGAAUCGAACCUGCUAAACCAUUUGCUACUCACUCCACAUUGCAAUCCAACUUGAGUGCACUUAUUAAUUCAAAACACACUUCUGUUAAUGCAAAUCCAUUGAACUAUUUCCUAUUUGCCAAUUCUGAUUUUUCUCCAUCCAGUAGAGUGAAAAAGAUAUAUCUCAACAUAUUCAAUCCUCCCAAGGUGAUUCCAAUUUUGAAAAACAUUGAAUUGAAUAAUAAUACUUCCAUUGUGGAUUGUAUUGGAUAUUCCUUAUUAAAGUUGCAUCAAUCUGGAGAUCUCAGUAAAAUCUCGGAUAUAGAGAAGGAUAGAUGUAACCCCAAUCAUUGGCGGUUAGAAAUGGUUGAUGAAGAUGGAGAAUCAUAUGGAUCAUUUGGAAUCUUGUCUAGAACAAGGUUAAUAUCAUCUUACAAUGAUAUUACUGAUAUUGCAUUGUGUAGGGUAUCUGAUGCUGAAGAAAUAAAGCGGAAUGAAGAACAAACGCCAUUAUCUUUAGAAUUUAGACAAAGCUUAGAAGGUGAGACUUCUAAAUUACAAAAUAUUGAUCAAGAACCCGUGGUGAUGGCAAGAAAUAACAGUACCAGCGAUAUGGAACUCAAGAUUUUCAAUGGAUCUAGUUUGAGAAGUUCAACUCAUAUCGUAUCUACUUCUAAGACUAUUGGACAGUUAUUGGAAGACUAUUGUUCAGAGCAUGGUUUAGAUCACCGGAAGUAUAGAUUUGAAUGUAUCCAAUAUUCUCAGAAGCUUCAUGGAACAAGUACAUUACUUGAAGGGAACUUUUUAUCACAAAAGAGGGAAGAUGUAUCUGUACCAGGAAGAUUAUUGAAACCAUCUGAUGUGGUUGGUAAUUUGGAAUCUGGAACUUUGGAAUUAGUAUCGCUGCUGAAUCUUCCUGUUGCACAUUACGAUAAUUUUGGAAUUACUGGUGCUCCAAAUACAUUAGUUUUGAACUCGGGAAUUACACCCACAUCUAACUCCACAUAUAAACUUAAUUAUAUUGGACAGAAUGAGGAUGCUAAUAAAUUCUCAUUAGAUCUACAAGAUUCAAAGAAAACAUCAUCGGAUUCAACUAUUCGUCAAUCAUCAACUUCGGCCGGAGUAAAUUCAUCAGUUGUAUCAGAAAGAUGGAAUACAGCAGAGAAUAUUAAACGUACCUUGAUUGCCAAUAAGUACUUGGAAAAUAUUAUGAAUGGAACCAAUCCUCAUCUUCCUACAAAUAUCAACACUAUAUACUUCAAAUGGAAAGUUUGGAGGAAAAAGCCUACGAUUCUUAAUAAGAUUGAAAAAUCUUUAGUCAUCGAUGGAGAUUAUAUUCAUCUCACUCCAUCUGAUGAUGUAGUGUUCAAAAAGAAUCUUACUGACUCUCCUUCAUUUCAUGGACAUGGAAGUUCGACUCACCAUAACCAGAGCAACCACCACCAUUAUCUACACCAUUACAACUAUUCUAACUACUAUAAUAACCUGAUGAUGAAAACCUCAUCAUUCCAUGUUACCCAAAUAGCGAAAUUGAAACAAUAUAAGGAUAGUAAAAACCCCACCCAUUUCAAAAUUGUGACCAAAAAAUUAGCAGAGUCUACAACAUCAACAAAUACCACUGAAAAUUCCGCUUCGUUACCAUCUUCUCGUGAAAAGGUGCUGGUUAAGAGAUACGAUUUAGAAGCUGUUUCUAUUGCUGAAUGUGAUGAAAUCAUUCAAAAGAUUAAGUGGGUCAUACAAGUGUACAACUCCAACAUGAAUUGA